CGACAACCAACCAGUUGGUAACUAACUAUCGAGACAAUUCAUUGGCCCUUUCAUGAGGCGCCCUGCCUUACACAUGAAUCCGUGUUGUCACUCGCGGAGUAAUAGUUACAAAAUAUACAACGGACGCGGUUGAUAAUCUAUUAGUUAGCUGGCUCAAAAUGGGCGCCGGUCAGUCGACGAGGAGCUCUCUGAAUAAGUCGUCUCCCGAGGAGCUGAGCCACGUUCUGGCUCAUCGAUUUGCCUCGAAAUGCUUUACACCCCUCGAACUCACCCAUUUCAAGGACAACUUCAACUCUAGGGCUCUCGAUGAAAAUGGCCUUCGCCAUUGGAAUGAAGAGAUCCUCUCCCAGUUCUUGGGGAUCCCGGAUGGCGCUGGAGAAAAAGCCGGCCCGCACACCGAUGCUACGCUUGACGCUGGGCCUGUAAUAUUUCGCAUGGUGUCCUAUCUGGGCGCGUUCCCGUUUCAGAAUACGCUCGCACCCAGCGUGCUUACUUACGAGGCUAUCAUUAAGGUCGUUGUGCUCCUAACAGAGAGAUACGGCCGAGUUCUGAGAAGAGGGAGAAAAGAUCGCAUUAAAUUGCUAUUUGGUAGCCUGGCUGAUGUUGGUCGUACUCAAGUUGAGGAAAAGGAGAUGCCUGUACAGGAGUCAAAUGAUGGUAAAGCAAACGGUAUUGCAAAGGGCAACCCUUCUCAUGUUACAGGGUUUGCUAUCGAUGCGCCUGCGAACGACGACGAAGAAGAAGAAGACGAUGAUGAUGACCUGGCCCUUGCUGCCUUGGAAUCUCUGGAUGCAAUUGAAGUGUUUAAGCACGAUCAACGCAUCGAUCGGAGCGUAUAUAAGGCACGAGUUUCCAUCGAUACUUUUCGGAGGCUUAUCGCCUUGAUUCUUGUUAUUGCGCCUCUACAUCCUAUUGGAACGACGUCCAAGUUGAUUGCAGAUCAAGAUGCAGAAUCAAUUGAUGCCAUCCAAGCCCAAGUAGAUAGCAUCAUCGCCGCUUUUGGCGAAGAAGCCGACAAUGAUGGUAUUACUUAUAAGUCCUUCUCUAGAGUUCUUAGGACAUCUCUUCCCUUCCUAUUCGAUCCAUUAACGCCCCUAUUUGAGCAUUUUCUGUUCAGCAAAAACCUUGAUUUAUCACGGCGAAAAGAGUCACGAUCCACAGAGCCGGAACACGAGAAGUCAAGCUCAACCCCGCCUCCCCAUUCUCCUCAUUCCGAAUCUGUAUUUCUCCCUGGUCCUUUUGAAUCGAAUAUCCUAAACACUGCGUUGUUAUCUCACCUUUCAUUCUUCCUUUCGACUUCAUACCCACUUCCCAAUCUAUUCCGUAAUGGAACCCGUCUACACCCAGUUUUCUCUUCAGUAUACCACGGUGAAUCAUUAACAGCGUUCUCCCAUCACGUCCUUACCUGGCAUGCGCCUAGUAUUCUUCUCCUAAAAGGAGUCACGGACUCUUCUUCCUCGAGACAAGACACAGUUCUAGUGGGAGCAUAUUUGCCUGAACCCUGGAAACAGUCCAGUACCACCUCCUCGGACCAUGCGUCUGACUACCUGGACUCGUCUAAGUUCCCCUGCCUCUUCCAGCUGCUACCAACUCACACCGUCCUCCUGGCCUCCCCGUUCUUCAAAACCCUCAAAUUCAACAUGCCCGUGGCGUCAUUCUCUACAAAAUCCGGUAUUGCCCUGGGUUGCAUGAUCCCUCCCUCCUCACGCACAUCGUUGCACCAUGACCUCCGUCCGCGACCCGCUGGCGGAGGUAGUUUGAUAAUUGACCCUGCCCUCGAGAAUGCAACAUUCGUCGUCUCCGACGGCUUGAACGGUGAUGGGGUAUUCCUACCUCCAGGUCUUUCCCCUUCAUCCUCGUCAUCCUUCUCUGCUUCAGCAUUGUCCUCCACAACGUCCAUAUCUGUACACGCCAUCGAAGUAUGGGGUGUGGUACCCACACAACCCGAGUUGGGCCCCGUUUUGGAUCCUGAUUCCUCACGGGGGGAUGCUGUUGCAGCGCAGAAAGCCGCGUGGGAUUUCGAGGCGCGCGAAGCAGAGAGGAGAAGGACCAUUCACUUGAAAGUUGGCGGAGGUGAUAGUGAGGAGCAGACUGGAAGGGCUUUGUUAGAGAUGGCUGGGAUUAUUGGGGAUUCGAAUUAUAGUCCGCGGAAACAUUAAUGAGACUGUUUCUUUUUAUGGGUUUACAGGUAUGGACCGGUAUGCAUGGAGUACAUUGGCAUGGCGCGGCUUUCCGUUUGCCUUCUGAUUAAAUGGCUUAGCACUUUGAAGAAAAAUUGUCCGUCGUCAGCGCUCUUCUGAAGGGGUUUA